AGAAAAAGAUAAAUAAAUAAAAAUAAACUUAAACCCCCCAAAACCCUAAAAUUCCCCCUUUUAUUCUCUGAAGUCUAAACCCUCAACACUGCCUUCGCAAUCUCCCCGCUAUCAACACAACACGAAAAUGUCUUUCACUGCAAUUCUCCGCAAAUCGGCUUCCGCUGUAACACCACUAGCGUCUCGACUCGUUCGGGUCGGCCACAGAGAUUACCACUCUGCCCUCUUCUCUGCACUGGAACGCCAAGUCAAUCUCCCUCGGAAAAGUCCCUCCUUCGUCGUUCCAUUUCUGCAACGUUAUUGUUCCGCGGCUACUGAAACUCAGAGGCCCAGUUCAACCGAAUCGCUUCUUCGAGUUAUUGAAUCGGAAAUCAAGGAUGCCCAGGAAAACGAUGACGAUGAUCGUGUCGAAGAGAUUCCAAAGGACUUCCCUUUCAAGAUUGAUGACAAUGCUGGGCAGCAAACUGUGAUACUGACAAGAGAAUAUGAAGGUGAACUUGUGAAAGUUGAAGUUCACAUGCCUGAUUUUGUUACCGGGGAGGAAAACGAUGUUGAUGAUGAUAAGGAGCAGCCUGUGCAAUCUAGUAUACCAUUAGUUGUUACAGUCUCCAAGAAGAGCAAAACUUGUCUGCAGUUUAACUGUGUUGCUUAUGCUGAUGAGAUAACAAUCGACAGCAUCUCAAUUGGAGUUCCUGAAACUUCUGAAGAUCAAAUGGCCUUUGAUGGACCUAACUUUCAUGAUUUGGAUGAGAACCUGAAGAAAGGUUUUCACAAGUAUCUAGAGAUCAGAGGAAUAAAUGCCAGCACCACCAAUUUCUUACACGAGUACAUGAUCAACAAGGACAGUCGAGAAUACAUGGGAUGGUUGAGCAAUCUUAAGCAGUUCAUUGAAGCAUAAAUUUUAAACAUGUUCAACGAACAAAGACAUUGAGAAUUGUUAUGCUAGUGGAAAUCUUUAAGAAGCUUAUUGUAAAAACCUCAUCAUCCAACAAUUUCAGUAGAGAGAUCAUGCCAUGUAUCUUUCUGGUGCACGACUUCGCCAAAAAGCUGAUUGAAAUGCUAUAAUUAGUGCUUAUUAGCAUGUCGCUUUUUGCAAUUAUGGUGUGGAUU